ACCGCCCCCGGACUCCCCCCUCCCCCCCUCCCUCCCGCACUCGAGCACCCACCACCCACCAUGGCGCGCUCCACCUACUACGCCGUCGCGGCGGUCCUGGCCGUCCUGGCACUGGCGUCCGGCGCGGCGUCGCAGGCGCCGGCGGCGGGGCCGUCGGCGGACUGCAGCUCCUCGCUCACGGGCCUCACCGCCUGCCUCCCCUACAUCUCGCCGGGGGCCGCGCCGGGCAAGCCGCCCAAGGAGUGCUGCGCCGGCGUCAAGGCCGCGCUCGCCAGCCCCGCCAGCGUCGCAUGCCUCUGCGACGCCUUCGGCAAGGACUACGGCAUUCCCCUCAACCUCACCCGCGCCAAGGGCCUCCCCGCCGCCUGCGGCGGCAACCCGGCCGCCCUCAGCAACUGCAGCCUUAAAUUGCCCGGCGGAGCCCCCAAUGGCGCCCCUACUGAAGCACCUUCACCAACUUCUGGAUCAACACCAACGACCGUCAGCCCAAGCCCGUCGAAAUCAGCAGCGACCAGAUCCCCGGUCUCGGCGGCAACCCUCGCCCUAGCCGCUAUGCCUCUGCUUUCUUACUACUACCUCUGAAGAUUUGCCGCAUGGUUUGUUCCAUGAAUUAUUGUGAUGUGUAUGGACAUUGCGCUGCGAUUUAGUGACUACUUUGUGGAGAGAACUUAUUCUGCUAGUUGUUCAGUUUAGCUUACUGUUGCCUGAACUAUGAAUUCUUGUUAGCACCAAGUAGUUGUACUAUAUUUGCAUGGUGCCUUCGUCGGAAUAAAGUUGAUUAGUGGUGUGCA